AUGAGAGAGCACUUAGAAUUAGGACAUGCGGAGCCGGUUCCCAUUUCUGAUGUUGAUAAGCAUGUCAGUGAAGUCUUUUAUCUUCCCAUGCACAUAGUAUACAAGAGCUCCAGUACUACUACUAAAGUUAGAGCAGUUUUUGAUGCUUCGGCAAAAUCCUCUACUGGAAUUUUCCUUAAUGAUACAUCGUUGGUAGGCUCAACAGUUCAUUCUCAGUUACUAGAUGUUUUGGUUACGUUCAGGUUUUUCAGAAUUCCAUUGGUUACUGAUGUUAGCAAGAUGUAUAGAACAGUUGAGCUAAAUCUUGGAGACAGAAACUUGCAUUGUUUUGUUUGGAAAUCUAAGCGAAGUGAUACUGUUCAGGACUAUCGUAUGACUAGACUCACUUUUGGAGUUUCAGCAUCUUGCUUUGCUGCAAACAUGAGUGUCAUGCAAAUUGCAAUGGAUUAUGAGUCUGAAUACCCAAUGGCUGCUAAGAUGGCUUAUGAGUCUUGA